UCCCAAGCGCAGUAAUCGAGACAGCCGCAUCUCGUCCAAUCUCCGACGUCGACGGUGUGAGAGGCCGUCGGCGUCGCCUCCUCCGCCCCUUCUUCUCAACGUCGUCAAGCUCCUCUGUUUUUGGUUCCGUCUACACUUUCUUUUCGGGUCUUGUUGGUGUUAACUCGUCAACGAGAGAGAGAUCCGUCGAAGAAGCCUCUGUUGCAGAGCUCGUUCUUCCGCUGGUCACUUGCCAACUUUGCCACUGUCUACCCUCCUUCAGCCUUUCACUCUGCAACUCGUUGAAACCGGAUCUGUCCAUGGAUAGUCCCGUUUCUUCUCGACCGUUUAUGUCACGGACGCCUUGCUUCAACCUCCAAAGAUUGUCUCCCGACGCGUUCAGCCUCUCGAGGUGUCUGUCCUCGUCGAUAGAGUUCUCAAUCCGUUCACCGUUCGCUGUCUCUCGCCGCCAAGCUUCCCAUGUCCGACUUGGAAGCUCCGGAUCUGAACCUCAUCCCGUUGGGGAUCUGUUCCGCUCCUCCUCCGACCCUUACACAUCCGCUUUACCACAACCUCUCACGCCUCAUCUCCUAGUAGUCGCCGUGGUUGAAGUUAUGAAGCUUACCAUAAUCUGGAGACGCCGUUCACAUAGCGGUUUUAACACCACGGUAUUGACUCUCCCUUUGCGCCUACCUCCCCUACCUCGUCUCUCACCCUCCGCCUCUCCUCCAUUCCCUCUCGUGUUAGUCACUACUCGCCGCGUUUCUUUGGAUCUCAGUCUGCGUCCCCUUAUGGAUAAUGGUCAAGAGCAUCAUUUCAUCUCGGCAUCGCCUCUACUAUACACCCAACAUCAAGGCAGCCCCAUCUCACCAAGGUUUCUAUGGAGCUAAGCUACUUCGGUUAAAUCUCUGUCUCCUAGUGACCGCCGGAUCUAUUGUGCAAGAGUGUUGUUUCGCCAGAUUUGUUUACGUCUUUCUCACCGUUGCGUCUCUAUCACACUAUACCGUCUCAAGCAUCGACGGUUCUUCACAAAGUCGGAUUUGUGGCCUUCCCGAUCUCCUCGUCGCUGGAACUAUUGUGCAAGAGUGUGGACUCGCCAGAUUUACUAACUACAUCACUGCUGCGCCUCCAUCACAUUACGCCGUCUCAAGCAUCGACGGUUCUUCACAGAGUCAACUAUGCGACCUUCAAACCGGAAUUGUUGCACGUAGACCCAUCGCCAUAUCAAGUCAGAUAGGACUUCAAACUUUCAAUGGUUCCUACGGUUCUAGAGCUUCUCACCUAAAGUUCUUGCCAAUCAACAUUCCAACUUCUUCCUAUAGGUGUAUCAACGUCGUUUUCGACUAUCAAUUGUUCUUUCGAACAAUAGCCAUGAGAUCAAAAGUGAAGCUUCCUUUUGGGUUUCUUCAUUUCGCUGAGCAUGACUCGCCAUUCGAUGGUUCUAUCUUUAGUUGUUUUGUCUUGUUUUCUAGCUUCUUUCUACCGUCGAGUAUGUUUCCGGGAUCUUUUGAUUCAGUUGUAAACUCUCAUGCUCUUUGAACUUUUAAUAUAAGUGGUGUUACAAAAAAAAAAAAACAAAUCUAAAAUGAAUUCGAGUAACUUUUUAUAAAAAAUGUGUUAUAAAAUCUUAAAAAUGUGUUAUAAAAUCUUCUCGAAUCCAAAUAAUUAUUUGAUCAAAUUGGUCCGACAUAUAUAUAUAUAUAUAUCAAAACCGUAUGCGAAAAUAUUUUUAAAAAGAUUAAUACAAACUCUAAUGAAUACAAAACCUAUUUUUAUGAAUUGUCAAAAACUAAGUCUUUCUAAAUAUUCUUAUGUGUGAUACUAGAUUAGUAGAUUUCUUCGUUUAUAUCUAUAUUAUUAAAAGAGAAGUACCCAUUUGAAAACGAAAAAGAACAUUUGGCUUGAAAAACAAACAGAUUAAAAAAAAGGUUUCUAUCCCAGGCACGAGCUCCCAGGAAAGUCUUUAGCCAGUAACUUUUAAACCUUCCCUCCUUUUACACGCUGGUUUCUUAUUCUUUUUGGGUCUGAACCUCCUGUAAUCCUGCAAAUUUUUCAAAAAUUCCCCUGCUUUGAUCUUUAACUGUUGGUCACUCCACUGAACUCGUCGGAAUCCUUACCGCUUGAGCUCUUAUCGGCCGGGUUCAAGCCCCCGACUCGGGUCGGAGGGUUCCUCUUCCACCAGCUCCUCCGCAACGCAUCCGACAUCCCUCAAAAAUGGAGUCUCAGAGACCCUCUCCUUGUGCAGAUAGAAUCAUUCAAAUCUCAUUGAUUGACUACCCCAUCUGAUAAUAUUAGAGAUUCAGCAAGUACACACUCUGAGAGGAGUUACAAGUUUAUUUAGAAAACGGGAAUCCGUUACCUACGUUUGAAGAAUUAAGAGAAGAACUAGCUCAUCUGAUCCCCAUCUUGGGUUGGAGGCAAAUGACAAAAGGAAGACUUUCCAAAGAAGACAAGGGGAAGAGUCUCGUGCUGGAUCCUUUCCAAGCCCCUAGAACAGCGCGAGUCAAAGUCCAAGUCCCUGAUAACUCAAGGAAGCUCCAUCAACACUCGCUAACCCUGAUAGGGCGUGUCACGAACCAAUCGGUGCAAAAGGUUUGGUCAGUUAUUCCCUUCUUCACCGAGCUGUGGAAAACAGAACACAGUCCUGUUGGCUCAGAUCUUGGAAAUGGAAUGUUCCAAUUUCAGUUCGCCUAUGAAGCGGACCUACUAGCGGUGCUGGAAAAAAGACCUUUUCACUAUGCUAAGUGGAUGGUGAUAGUCCAACGAUGGGAACCUACUGUCUCGGAAGCUUUCCCAUCUCUCAUCCCGUUUUGGAUCAAAAUACAGGGCGUUCCUAUCCACCUUUGGUCUGAGGAGACCGCCCGCAGCUUAGGUGAAGAUAUAGGAAUAUAUGAGAAGGCGGAAGUAACACC